AUGCACCACGACGAUGGCGAGGUCGGCGGCGGCGCCGCGCUGAGCUGGCCCGGCGUCCCCGACUUCCUGCCCGCCCUGCUGGCGGCCGUGCAGCGCCUGCUGCAGCCGCAGCUGGAGGACAGGGCCUGCUCGCUGGUGGGGGCGCUCAUUCUGGAGCUGCUGCGCCACGCGGGGCCGCAGAUGGCGCCGCUGCUGCCCGGCCUGCUGGCCGCGCUGGCCUCCAAGCUGUGCGCGGCGGAGGAUGCGGCCAUGGUGCAGAGCCUGCUGUGCGUGCUGGCCCAGCUGAUGCACUCAGACCAGCAGCAGCUGCUGGACUGCCUGGCGGGCAUCCAGCUCAGCGACGGCCGCUCGGCGCUGCAGGCGUGCAUGCAGAAGUGGUGCGAGCGGCAGAUCGAGGUGCGCACAGCCUACGACAUCCGCCUCACCACCGCCGCGCUGGCGGGCCUGCUGGCCUGCCCGCACCCCGCACUGGACGCCAUCCAG